AUGAGCUUUUCAUGGAACAUUAAUCCAACUGGGUUUUUCAACGAGAAAUACAUCUUAGAUAUGCAUAAGACGAAUCAGAAAAAGAAGAAGAUCCUGAAGAAGAUGAUGAAGAAAUGGCAGAUGCAAGUCCCAAGAACGAGAAGAAAAAACACCAAGUUGCAGGUUGAGGAGAAAAAGGAAAACAGAAAGGUGGGCACGAAUAAUAAAAAAGAAGCUCCGGUUACCAUUAACAAGGAACUCUUGCGGGCUUUCAGGUUUUUUGACCGCAAUCGAGUGGGCCACAUUAGGGGUGUAGAAAAAGCAAUUAAAUAG